AACAUAUACCGUAUUUUGAUGGUUAACUCGGCUGACGAAGCAGUUAUGAAGAUCGUGGGUGAGGUGAAAGUUGGGCGUCACCAAUUUGGGGUUUCACUCUGUUUAGUCUUCCAUGAUGUUGUGCUCUGUAGUAUUGAACGAGAUUUCGGAACGCACAACCAGCUUCGAUCGUGGACAUGAGCACAGCUCAGUCGAAAAUCGUUUUUCGUCGACUAUCAAAGCCGUUGCCAAAAUGACUGAAGAAUUCCAUAGCGUGGAAAAGGCUCUGAGUGAGCAUUUGCCGCCACGGGAGUGGCAACAAGUCCAAAGGAUUCUAUACGGGAAGGCACUAAAGCCCCUGGAGCUUGGACCUAAAAUCGAAGGAGCCGCCCAAGAGCAAGAUUAUGAAGUAUCGGGCUAUCGAUUCGAGGCGGCCUCCGAACAACUUCGAUCGCCUCAAAUUGUGCGCGUGGGUCUGAUCCAAAAUCAGAUUGUUCUCCCCACCACAGAGAGCCUGGAAAAGCAAAGAAGUGCCAUUUUUCAUCGGAUGGGUCAAAUGAUUGAUAAUGCAGGACAGGCUGGGGUUAAUAUCGUAUGUCUGCAAGAGGCUUGGACCAUGCCUUUCGCUUUCUGCACCCGAGAAAAGUCCCCCUGGUGCGAGUUUGCUGAAGAUCCAUAUGAUGGCCCCUCCACUCUUUUCUUAGCUGAGUAUGCCAAGAAAUACAAUAUGGUGAUCAUCUCUCCGAUUUUGGAGCGCGAUCGGAAUCAUGGCGAGGUCUUGUGGAACACGGCCGUGAUCAUCUCCCACACGGGCGAAGUCCUCGGCAUCACCCGGAAGAACCACAUUCCUAGAGUUGGAGACUUCAACGAAUCAACUUACUACAUGGAGAGCACUCUCGGACAUCCUGUGUUUGCCACCAAAUAUGGACGUGUAGCUGUUAACAUUUGUUAUGGUCGACAUCAUCCACCCAAUUGGAUGAUGUAUGGCGUCAAUGGAGCCGAGAUCGUUUUCAACCCCUCAGCGACGGUGGGAGCGCUAAGUGAGCCCAUGUGGGGCAUUGAAGCUCGAAAUGCCGCAAUAGCCAAUAGCUAUUUCACGUGUGCGAUCAAUCGGGUGGGCACAGAGGAGUUUCCCAAUGAGUUUUCCUCGGCCGAUGGAAAACCGGCUCAUCGGGAUUUUGGGCAUUUCUACGGAUCCAGUUAUGUAGCGGCUCCAGAUGGCUCUCGAACCCCGGGUCUGUCUCGAGUGAAAGAUGGGCUCUUGAUAGUGGAGAUGGAUUUGAACUUAUGCCGCCAAGUCAAGGACAAAUGGGGCUUUCGAAUGACCCAACGCCUAGAUGUGUAUGCCGAAAGCCUAACUCGAGCCAUCCAACCGGAUUUUGAGCCACAGAUCAUUCGUGGAAAGUUGUGAAACGAUCCACAGAUGCUUCUGAUCAAUGCCUGUCCAUGAGAUUCGACGACAACCAAGCAAAUAAAAAAAAACUUAAAUAUAA